AUGGUGGCCAUCCUUGUCGCCGCCCUCGCGGUCCUGCAGCUGGCUGCAGCCGCCGCCCUCCCCCACCACCACCGGCACCCGCGUGCAGGCCACGCGCCGCGUGCCCCCGACGACUCGUUCCACGGCGUUACUCUUCCCCUCCUGUGCUACGACGACAGAAUCAGCGACCCUAGCUACCGCAUGCUGAGCACCAAGUUGCCCUCAAUCCUCGACCGAGCUAUUCAGAUUAGCUCCCACUCAUGGGAGGUCGGCACACUCACCCAGGCCCUUCUGGAGGUGUACAACCCCCGCCUCGCGCCAUUCGCAUACAGCGACGCAGCAUUCCACGGUGCUCUCGGCGGCAAGAUUCGUGUCCCGACCGCCCCACUCGAGGCGGCCAGCGUCGCGGCAAAGUUCCUCGCCGCCUACGACUUCUCCAGUGCCCCUUCAGAAAGCGGUGACCUCAACAGUCUCCUCGAGGGCGGGAGCCCGCGCGCCCUUGUCGACGGCGGCGGCUCGCUUGGCGACCCAUGCUCCCUCGGUCCCGCGGCAUGGUUGCUCGCCCACUUUGCCGACGCUAUCGGCGACGACGUCGGCACGCCCCUUGCUACCGAUACACAGUACGCGUGGGCUGUCGGCAACCAGCUCGCGUACCUCCAGCAGGGGCCGCGCUCAGACAACGGCACGAUCUCGCACCGCGAGGACAAGUUCGAAAUCUGGGCCGACCAGGGAUACAUGAUCCCGCCCUUCCUGGCCUACCUCGGCCUCACGACUAACAACACCGCCCUCCUCGAGCAGGCUCUCGACCAGUGGCUUCUCACGUCGUCGGCCCUCCUUGACACAAACCACAACCUCUACCGCCACCUCAACACGUUUGACACGCGUUUCUGGGCAACAGGCAACGGGUGGAUGCUUGCUGGCCUGAUGCGGGUCCUGGCCUCUAUCAAGGCAGCGGGCGGUGCGGGCCUCGGAUCAAAGGUUGCAGAGGCGGAGGACAUCGCUGCGCGAGUCUUCCAAUCCCUCUUCAACCGUCUGGAUGACUCGGACCGCCUCCCGAAUUACAUGGAAGAAACCGACCCUUCCCUCACCCACGCCGACAGUGCGGGCACGACCGCCGUCGUUGGCGCCUUCUACCGCUUCCUCGUUCUUCGUCCGGACCUCGCUCGGGGAAUGAAGCCAGCGGCCGAACGAGCUUUCUCAGGUGUCGUCAACAAGGUCGACGGCGAGGCGUGGCUCACCGCCGUCGUCGACCCGCAGGGCACCAACGGCUUCCUCGUUUAUCCGGGACAGGACACGCGUUCGCCAGAGGGCCAGUCCCUCCUCGCGAUCAUGUGGGCCGCCCGCACUGCUGCUAGCCAGUAG